AAUCUCCAAAAACAGGAAAUAAUGAUCAGAGCAAAACACAGGUCCAUGAAGAAAACCUUGUCUGGAUCCUACAUGGCAAAGAUUCAACUUUCAGCUCAACAACAAAUCAACAAAACAAAAACAAAACAGACAAGAAUCUAACGCAGUCUCUAGGUGUUUUAUGACAUCUUUGGGUAAACUUUAUAUUCCUUUCAUUUGUUAUUAUAUAUCUAUAUAUGUCAUGUAAAGACUGGUUGCAAAAUACAACUUUAAUGUUAAAUCAUUUAUAACACCAAAAUGUGGAAAAAGUGAAAGGUUUUUAAAUUAAGAACCAGCUGUAAUCAUAAUCAUUACAUUGUAAUUAAUAUUGUGACAAUACAAAAUGUUUUUCUUUGUGGCAUCUCAUCAGUACAUGUUAAUACACAGUGUACAGAGAGUCAAGCAGGGAGCAAACGUUUGAAUAUGCAGUUCUGCUGCCCUCUUCUGGACAACACAAACACCUCAUGUAACCUUUUGGUCCAUCAUAUUCUUUUGAUUUCGAGCGUAGAACUGGUCUUCCUCCCUCCUGAGCGAUGCCUCGUUCUUUCUUGGUGAAGCGAGGAGGGCUACACCACCUUCGGCCUGUAGAUGGAAGCCCUGACCCUGGAUCAACCACGCUCUAUCCUCCUGCUGCCAAACACACUGGAAACGAGGACCUUCAGCCAUUCAAUCCCAAAUCUUACGUCUGUAGAUCUGCUGAGCCCUGCAGUCCUGUCAACCCAAAUACUCUAAGUCCCUUUGAAAAAGCCGGAUCUCCCACACCAGCACAAUGGUCCAAACCUCAUGUGAGCUCAGGAUAUCCAGACAAACUGUCAGUGGGACUGGGAGACUUGACACAGCACCCUCCGGUCCUCAGGGAGACCAAAAGCUCAAAGAUCAGCACUCUGAGGCAAGAGUGUCCACUCUGUAGCAAACUAUUUUCAUGUAUGUCAAGUUUAAAGACACACAUCAAGAGUCAUGCAAGCAGGGCACCACUGUCACCAGCACACAUCAAGUCCAGCAGGAGAAGUACUGAGCAGUCAACAUGCAGGGGCAAGGAGAGGACGUUUGGAUGUUCUGUGUGCGGAAAAGUGUUCAAGCGCUCCUCCACGCUCUCCACUCAUCUGCUUAUACAUUCAGACACCCGGCCGUAUCCCUGCCAGUACUGCGGCAAAAGGUUCCACCAGAAGUCUGACAUGAAGAAACACACCUUCAUACACACCGGGGAAAAACCCCACGUGUGUCAGAUAUGUGGGAAGGCGUUCAGCCAGAGUUCCAACCUCAUCACCCACAGCCGUAAACACAAGGACGACCGGCCCUACCGCUGCCCUCACUGCUUCAACAGCUUCCAGCACAAAGUGGACCUGCGGCAGCACCAGGAGCGCCACUGCACCUACCGCUGACUUUCAUACGGCCGAGUCAACAUCUGCAGCCUUUUUCAGAGAAAGCACUUUGAGGACAUACUGUAAAGCUGCUGACUGUGUUGUCCUUAUGACCAAGUAAAAUACAGUAUUACAUCCAAAGCUAUAAUAGUUUAUAUUUUAGAUUUAUCCUUUAGGACACUGAGGGAAGAAAACUGUUCUUACCCUGCUCACAGGAUAUUAUUUCAUGACCCUUGAUGAUAAUAAACAUUGGCAUAUUGUCAGCAUUAGAAAAUUAACCAGUGCCAGUGAAUUCAGCUUAUAAAAAGUGUGAAUUUUCAGGGAAAUGUGCUUAUCUUUCUCAUAUGGUCUGUCCAUAUCCUCAGCAGAACUGUGAUUAUGUGAAGGUCAACUCCAAAGUUAGUGAAACUGAGAUUUCACUUUCACUUUCCCUUUACAGUAAACAGACUAAACCAGUGGUUCCCAACCAUUUUUACUCUUAAAAUUAAGACAUGUUCACUUGUAACCGCCUGUCACCAGUUGGAAAUUUGCCUGUUCUGCUUUCCUUUCCUCUUCAUAAUCUCGCGGCCUCUCAGGUUUAUCUUGCGACACCCCUACCUGGUUGGGAGCCGCUGGAUUGCAGAAGUGUAGCUUUGACACAGACUGGUGACACACUACAUGAUUUUUCAAAGCAUUUGAAACAAAUUGGUAGAAUGAAUGUGGUGCUGCAUCAGUAUUAUAAGAUGAUCUCUGAAGAGCAGUUGUAGUUCAGUACACAAAGCUACAAAAAUAUUACUUUUAACUUUUCUUAUCACAGUGAGAGUUCACACUGAGUCCAAUAAACAGAUACAUCAUUUGUG